AGGCGGCCCUGAUGGACGCUGGGAAGAUGGCGGCCACCGUGUCGGGCCCACGUGGGCGCGGGGUUGCGGCGGGCGAGGAGGCGGACAGCGAUUCAGAGUUAAGCUCAGGACUUCCAGAAGACAGCUAUUCUUCAGGAGGUGAAGCCCUGGAUGGUGAUGAUGAAGAUGAAACAGCAGCCCUUGGCCGUGUGGUUGAAGAGGCAACAAGCUCCAAAUCUGGCCCAAGUGCAGGCUGGGCAGAUGCCAUGGCAAAAGUGCUCAACAAAAAGAUUCCACAAAAUAAGUCUACCAUCUUGGCCAAGAAUAAAAGACUGGAGAAGGAGAGAGAAAAGUUAAAACAAGAAAGGCUGGAGAAGAGAAUGAAGCUUAAUAAAAGGCGGGAAUGGGAAAUGAUGUGCCGAGUGAAGCCAGAUGUUGUCAAAGACCGAGACAGAGAAAGAAAUCUCCAGAGAAUUGCCACGAGAGGUGUUGUACAAUUAUUUAAUGCUGUCAGGACGCACCAAAAGAAAGUUGAUGAGAAGGUGAAGAAAGCUGGGAGCUCUGACAGGCAACGUGCUAAACUGCUGUCAUCUGUUUCAAAGAAAGAUUUCAUCAAUGUUUUAAGAAACAUGGAGGGUGCUAAAGGAAGCAAGAGUCCUGCUGGAAAGGCCACAAAAAGUAAACAGGGUAAAGUGAAAUCUGAAGAGGGGCCAGGGUGGAAUAUACUGCGUGAUGACUUCAUGAUGGGAGCAUCUAUGAAAGACUGGGACAAGGAAAGCGAUGGAGAGGGCAGUAUUGAACAAGGAGGUGGUCUGAAACAAGAAGAUGACAGUGACUGAAUGAAACUGAAAACCAUUCAAGAUAAUGUUUUAUCUUCUUAACUUUGUUUGGAUAAAAAGUCAGCAUUCUGUGAAUGUACAACACUUGGAGGAUAUUUCUUUUUUUUUAAAAAAAAAAAAAAAAACAAACUUGCACAACUUUGGAGUGUUUUCUCCUCUGUGUCAAACUUUUAUUUAAUAUAGCUUCAUUUGCUAUACUGAAAUCCUGAAAUAUUUUCCAAAACAUGUAUAAUUUUCAACAUAUUUCCAAAACAUUUUGUACAGUCAAAAUAGUGGCACCUGCCCAAUGAAAGAAAGAUUUUGCCAAGGUCAUUAAAAGUUUAUACAUUAGUCAUGGCAAUUGAUGUAUUAGUGUGCUUGCAUUUCCAAAUCAGUGUUGCACUUUGAAAAGUUGUUAGCAAUUCGCAAUAGAAAUGGCUUACAAUAAACACAGAAAUGCCGUCACCUUGUAAAGUUA